AAUGAAAUACCAAGAAAUAGAUGCUUCAUUAUGUACACUAGAGUUAUUAUAUUUCUGAUAUUAAUGAAAAAACUAUCAGCAAUAUUUACUGGUUUCCAUCUAGGUGAUUUUCCUCCUGCAGACUUUUCUAAAACUGUAAAACUAUCAUCACAAAGUAAUUCUUUUGUUGAAGUAAAACAUUUUUUUGGUAAAAUUCCAUUUCAUGUUCAAGUUUAUGCUAUAGCAAAUGAUGGAAAUAACAAAGGAUUUAAAUUUGAUGGAACGGGUGCCUGUCAAAGUGAUGUUAAAGAUAACAAUGCUUAUGGUGGAGUUAUUUUUGCUUAUGAUAACACUACCGUUAGAGUAUGGGUACCAACAAGAUCAAGUAGCUCUAAAGUAGGUUCUGUUAUUUUUGUUGGAGGUAGUUGGGGAGGAAAUAGUUUUUUUCAGGAUUCUGUUGAUGCAGAAGUUACUAUUGAAGCUUGGAAAGACGGACCUGCACCAUCUUUUGAAGUUAUAACUGAAGUUGAUGCUGGUUUAGAAAAAAAUACUAAUAUUAUAGAUCACGAUUUAAAUCAAUUGCCAGAAAUUGUUAGUGUUAGAAUUUUUUCUGGAGUCAACCCUGAAAAUUCAUAUAUAUUUCAUGCCACAGGAGUAACUCAAACAUCAAGUAAUCGAGAGUAUGGUGGAGUUAUAUUUGCCUAUAAUGAAAAAAAAGUUGUUUUGUGGCCACCAAACAAGUCUAAAACUGGUUGUACUCUGUUAAAUAAAAAGUGGGGCAAUGGAAAAUAUUAUACAGAAAUGUAUUCAAAAACAUGUACAGUUCAUAUUCGUUUAUGGAUUAACUCUUUUCCUCCACCUAUUUUUCAAACAACCUGGAAGUCUAUUGAUGUCAGAAAUUUGUCUACACAAUUUCUUGAAAUAAAGCACAAUCUAAAGAUGUAUCCUUCUUAUGUUAAACUGCAAUAUCGAUCAGUAAACAAGCCCUAUAGUUUAGUUUUUGAGGGUAUAGGUUCUGUGCAAUCCUCAGUUAAUAAUUUAAGACAUGGUGGUCUAGUUUUUGCUUAUGAUAAAGUUAGUGUACGAAUUUGGUUACCUAGUAGUAAUAAUUCACAUCAGUCAAAACAGUUAUUAUUUGCCAUUUUUGUAGGAGAUGGAUGGGGGAAUAGUGAUGAGAAUAUUACUGAAAUUCUAGCAGAAUUUCGUAUACAAAUAUUUCUCAAUCGAUGCUUAGAGUCUGAAAAAGUAGUUGAUUCGCAAGGCAAUUGUAGAGAUGUUAAUGAAAUUGUAAUUAAUCAAGAUAUGUCCCCAUGGAGUAAAUGCUCAAAUCCGUGUGGAAAAGGGUUUAAACAAAGAAAUGUUACUGGUUGCACUGGACAGAGCUUACAAACAAUGUUAGAUUGUAAAUUUGAAAAUGAUUUUUGUAAUUUUUUAACAACUUCAUGGAAACGUAGUAUGGGUCAAAACGAAAUGAACGAUGAAAAUAAACACCUUAAAAUUCCUUUGCAAGGUCUUAAAAAAGAUGGCUUCUUUGUUUAUUCAACUGAAGGUGUAUUAACAAGUCCUGAGUUGAAAGAUGCUACAGGAUGUAUCUUAUUGUUUAAGUAUUCAACUGGAAAAUAUUUUGGCAAUAUUCAAAUUGAUGUUUUAAAUACUUUUAAUGUGUGGAAAACAGAUGUUUGGUCAAUGAAUGAUGCUGAAUCUUUUAAUCCAAAUGUUUGGUUAACAGGAUAUCUUAACAUUGGUUAUAUUCUUCAUCAUAUUAAAAGAUUUCGGUUUGUGCAUAGAAAGCAAAAAAACACUAUAAAUGAUCCAGUAUCUGUUACUGAUAUAGUAUUAAAAUGUAUAAAACCAGAUGAAUUUAAGAUGACAGCAGAAGCAUGCAAAGAAAAAGAAGAAACACUUCCAUCUUGCUUUAUUGAUGUUUUUAAUCCAUUUUUAAAAGGUUCUGCAUGGUCAGUAUCUAUACCAUUAAAUGACAUUAAAAAUGAAUUAGGUCCCUAUGUUACAUCAAAUGGUGUGUACAAUGACUUGAUUGCUAUAUAUAAAGUACAAGUUAUAAAGGCUGGGUUGUAUAACUUAUGGAUUGAGACUUUUGCAAUGAGUAACAACACCAAUAGUGUAAUUGUUAAAAUUAAUGAAGAUGUAACGGUUGCAGAUACUCCUUUUAAUAAAAGGACUGGCAUGUGGCUACCUAUUAACAAGGUUUUUCAUCUUCGGGCUGGUAGCUAUAUGAUAAUGCUGCUUCAAAAAGAAAAGUAUUUUUCAUUCAAAAGUAUGAUGCUAAAUCCUAAAGACAUUGUUGUUUGGAGUGAACUGGGAAUGCAAAGUCGUCAUAUACCUGAUAGCAAUAUUCACUCAACAAGUUCAGCUGAUAGCUAUUUGGCUUAUUCACGCUUGAAUGGAAGGGCUAGUUGGAUGACAAUUGACACUUCUAUUGAGCUAAUAUAUCUUGAAAUACAACUGCCUGACAUUGCUUUGAUUAACAAGAUUGCUACACAAGGUGGAACAUGGUUAGAUACAGCUCGACCUAAUUUUUAUUGCUAUAUAAAAAGGUAUAAAAUUAAGUAUUCUUUGGAUGGUCAUAACUUUGCUUUCUACAGAAAUUUAACUACAAAAGAAACAGUUGUUGUCGAGGGCAAUAAUAAUCUUUCAAACUUGAUUGUUGAGCAUAUUUUUGAUUUUGUACUUGUUGCUAAAUCAAUUCGUGUAUAUCCUUCAAAUACUACAAGAGAUCAAUUUAUUUGUUUACGUACUGAGUUGUAUGGUUAUUACAAAACAAAUGGCACUUGUCCAAUAAUAAUAUCAAAACCAAGACAAGAAGUAUGUCAAGGAAGUGGAGAGUGUGAAAAUAUUAAUUCUAGAUGUCAAAUUGAUCCAUCUAAUAAUCAAUCAGUUUGUUUAUGCAAUGAAGGUUUUCAUGGUAAUUUAUGUCAGUUUGUUGGUUGUUCUUCAAACCCUUGUCUCAAUGGAGGAGUAUGUAAUGAGAAUAGUAAAAGUAUAAUUUGCAUCUGCUUACCAGGAUUUCAUGGAGUAUACUGCCAAGCUGUUUGUCCAAAAGGAAAAUAUGGAGUAAACUGUGGUUCAUCUUGCAAUUGUCCUGAGAAUGAGUAUUGCAAUCCUGUUAAUGGCAGUUGUCUAUGUGAGCCUGGUUUCCAUGGUAAUGAUUGCAAUGAAAAGUGCCUUAAAAACAGCUUUGGUCAAAACUGUUUAUAUAGUUGUAAUUGUAGUGAAAGUAUGCUGUGUGACCAUAUAAAUGGGGAAUGCUUUUGCAAAGAAGGUUGGAUGGGCAAUCAAUGUUCUUUAUCUUGUGAAAAUGGAUAUUUUGGCAGAAAUUGUAGUCAAAAAUGUAACUGUAGGAAUGGUGGUACUUGCAAUACAAUAAAUGGAGUUUGUACUUGCACCCCUGGGUAUUAUGGACCAUAUUGUGAACAUACUUGCCCUUCAAAUAAAUGGGGUGAAAACUGCUCUGAAUAUUGUCUACCAAUAAAAAACUCAAUUUGUGAUCAUAUUACAGGUCAAUACACAUGUUUUCCUGGAUUAACAGGCUCAUUUUGUGAUAUAGAAUGUGCUGAGGGAAAGUUUGGAAAUAAUUGCAUGCAGUUGUGUGAUUGUGAUAAAAAUACUGAAAAAUGUGACAAGCGUACAGGAGAAUGUAUAUGUAAAUUAGGAUAUAAAGGAGAAAGAUGUGAAGAAUCAUGUGAAAAUUACUUACCAAUGUCAUGGGGUUACCAGUGCCGUAAUCUUUGCAAUUGUAAAAAUGCUGUUUCUUGUGAUGCAGUUAAUGGAAAAUGCAUUUGUAUCGAUGGCUUUAGUGGAACAAACUGUGAUGAACAAUGUAAUGAGGGAUAUUAUGGAAAAAAUUGCAGCUUAAGAUGUAAUUGUGAAAAGAAGAAUACAGAAGUUUGUGAAACAGUUGGUGGAUACUGCAAAUGUCACCCAGGGUACACUGGUGUGUCAUGCAAUGAAACUUGCAAAGAAGGAUAUUGGGGUAAAAACUGUUAUGAAUCUUGCCAUUGCUAUAACAAUGCUAAAUGUGAUCAUGAAGAUGGUUUCUGUUACUGUGCUCCUGGUUAUCAUGGCAGUUAUUGUGAAAUACCAUGUAGCAAAGGAAUGUAUGGUGUGGAUUGCAAGCAAAAGUGUCAAUGUAAAAAUAACGGAGAUUGCAAUAAUGUUGAUGGUCACUGUUCCUGUACUCCAGGAUUUGCUGGUAAGUUUUGUGAGUCUAAAUGCGCACAAGGAAAAUAUGGAAAGAAUUGUUCAAGUAACUGCAGAUGUGUAGCCUCAAAUACACAAGAGUGUGAUAGUGUUGAUGGUUUUUGCUAUUGUAAAAAUGGCUUUAUAGGAAUUAAAUGCGAAAAGGAAUGUGAUAAUGGAUUUCUUGGCAAUAAAUGCAAUGAUGUUUGUCCUGUUUGUUACUAUAAUAACAAUACUGCUUGUGAUAAACGUUAUAGCAAUUGCUCUUGCCCUAACUUAUUCACAAGUAAAGAUUGUUUAGAAUACUGUGAUUGGUCACAUUUUGGUUAUAUGUGUAAGCAAGAAUGUAAUUGUAAGAUAAAUGAAAUAUGCAACAACGUUAACGGCCAAUGUUAUAAAUCUGAUUUAUAUCUUGUAACAAUCAAACUCCGGGCACCUUCUCAACUUUUCUUAGAAAUUAGUUUACAGAGAGAAAUACAGAGAAAUUUUGAAAAAUUGAUGUACUAUUGCUUUGAGCGGUUAGAAAAACUUUUGCUAAACACGUCAACUUUAAAUUCUCCUUCAAUAAACAUUUCUCAUAUAUCUACUUGCUCCAGUGUUGGAGGUGAUCAAAUGUUUGAUAGUGUAAAUACUGAAAACAGUUCUUUAUAUGUAAUGAGGAUCUACAGUGUUUUUGCUAUGUUUAUUGAAAGUGAAGAAAUAACAGGACUUACUUUUACUCUUUUAAAAAAGACUCAACCUGUCAAUGCAUCAUUUAUUUUAGAUGUAAUUUCUUUCAUAGGAAUAAAUGCAUUCUCAGCAGUACUUAACUUUGAAUAUUACGUAGGAGAGGCGUCUUUAAAAAGGCAAGAAGAACUUUGGUAUACUAAAACUGUGUAUCUGGCUUCAGUCAUUUUAAGUGUGUUCACAGCUAUACUUUUUUUUUUUGGAAUCAUAAUACUUUAUCGACGAAAAGUUCAAUCUUCUCCCUUUGAAAAAGUUAGGCGUGAAUCAAAUGAUAUUGAACUAAAAUCAUGUCUCGUUAAUGGAAAAGGACAUGCUUAUUCUUUUGAAAAUCCUUAUUAUGACGUCAUAGCUGCAAUGGGGCUUGAUGACGAAAUUGAAGAAGAUUAUUACAAUCCACUUUAUAUGCUUGACAUACCGCUUGACAGUGACAAUGAACUGGACGACAUGUAUUACGUUGGUCAUAAAAGCGAAAGAAGUCCGUUUCUGUAUGACAAAGAUAGCGGAAUUUCUAAUGCAGUGCUAUAGUUUUUUGUUUUUUACAUUUUAUAUAUUUUAGUAUUAUUAUAUUAAUUUUUCUUUUUUUAUAUAUCAGAUCCUAAAGUUAUCAAAUAUCUUAUUUAUCUUCUAUUUUAUUAUUUAUUUUAAACUGCGACCUUGUCAUAUUUAUUCUUUAUUUAUACAUAUGUUUAUAUUUGAAAUUAUUAUGCUUUGUAGAAUAUUAAGCUAUUUAUAAGCUUUUUCUUUUUUCCCUAAAUUUUUUAUAGGGAUUUAAUGUGAAAAGUAAGAAUGUGUACAUUUUUUUACAUUAGUUAAGAUUUAGUUUGUUUUUUUAAAUUUAUAACAUUUAAAAAAAUUUAAUGGCUUAUAAUAUUGCUGAUGUUGUAUUGAUAGAAAACUUUAUAUAAAUUGUUUAUAUUCUUUAAUAUGUUUAUGGGGCUGACGAUGCCGAGGUGUUGGCGGCUUAAAUAUUCUAUUUUUAACAUUUUUGAAUAACU